CGUGACAAAGCCUGAGAAAUGCUGCCAAGGCACAAUUCCGCACUGUCAAGCGGCUCACGCUCGUCGACCCCCGCCACGCCACGCACCCAACCCGAUCAUUAAGCUCACUGUGCUGAGAGAACGCUCGAAAUUAGAUUGGACUCAAACGAUGCUCACUUCUGUCAUUCUUGCGUGAUUGGCAAGAGCGUCAUCUACUGCAUGCUACGCCGACGUGUAGAUAUCGCUGCAUUGUACCUGCAGCUGACACGAGGUCAUUGGUGAAGCUGCAUCGAUCGGCUCUCAGCUCCUCCAGCGGUGGUGCAUCGAAGUAUAGACACUUUCAGCAGUCUAGGUAGGUGCAAUUGUGACGCUCUUCGUUCACCAACGGGGUCUUCCUUUGGUAACAGUCUGUAUAAGGGGGUUGGGAAGAUGGGUGGAGACGGCGAGGAUGAAGAUGAUUACUUAUCCAUGUCCUUCACCGAACAGCCUGCUACUCCCAAGGAGACAUCUCUACAGCGGACCACACGCUUGAAGAAGGAAGCUGCAGAGCGCGGUCGUGUACUCUCGAAGAAGGAGUUAGCCGAGAAGGAACGAACCCAGCGAGAGGCUGCGCUCGCGACGCAGCUCGAUGCGUCUAACAAGGGAGCCAAGAUGAUGGCCAUGAUGGGCUUCAAAGGCGGCGCAUUAGGCAAGUCUGGAGAUGCGCGAACGCAGCCAAUUGAGCUGCUAAUUAAAAACGACCGUGGCGGCAUCGGCAUGGACAGCGAGAAGAAGCGCAAGGUCAGAGAGACCGCAGAGGCUAUGCAGGGGCUAGAGAAGAAGAGAAAAGUGGACGAGGCCGGAUUUCGGGAGCGGUCGAGGAACGAGCGCGAGGAGCGACGCGCGGAAGGUAUGAUGUGGAGUGCGAUGAGAACGCUGGAAGCUUUCGAAACUGCUGCGCCUGGCGACGAGGAAGCUGGAGAAGCAUCUCGAGACACACACGACGAGAAGCUGCCACCGGUGAAAAGUAUCAACGUAUUAUGGCGGCCAGUCGUCAAGCAACGGCAAGACAGAGACCGCGAGCGAAGAAUGCGAUAUGAUCUCGACCAAAGCCUAUCACGCAAGCCGGACUACGAUGACCUUAACGCGGAGACAGAGGACCGGCUUGGAUUUAGUGAUGAAGUGCAAGAAACGGUUGAAGAUGAUCCGGAAUUGGAGGCCUUCGAAUCUCUCACUUUCGCUGAAAGGCUCGCAAGGGUGGUUGAGUUCUUGCGCGAGAAGUACCACUACUGCUUCUGGUGCAAGUAUCGCUAUCCAGACGCGGAUAUGGAAGGGUGUCCAGGCUUGACGGAGGAUGAGCAUGGCUAACGCUUCGCGCAAACGGCACCGCGAUCUGCAGGAGAACAUGUCUCACGCCGUUCCCACACACGCGAUAUUGACCGAUGUGUUUUAAUGUGCUGCCUGGAGGUCAGGAGACCCUUCCCCACGAGACUCGCUUCGUUUUCAACGGUAUAGAUAGCAGUCCUGCUCUCAUGUCGAGAGACUGCGGAGCUCAUGCCCGAAAAGGCCGCCUCAUAUAUUUGACAAGCAAAUUUUUCC